AGGGAGGUGGCGGGCGCGGAGGGGUCCGGCUGCGUCGCGCCGCGCAUAGCACCCCCUAGCGGCGGCGCGCAUGCGCGGAGGAGCCGGCGCGCAUCGCGCAUGCGCGGGGCGGUCCGCUAUGGCGGCCGAGCCUGAGGCCUUCCUGGUGCCUCCGCCUCCAGCCUCCUCCUCCGGUGCGGCCGGAGCGCGGCGGGAGGACGAGGAGGAGGAAGCGGCCGAGCCCCCGCGGCCCCGCAACGGCUUCCGGUCGGCGGGGGGGGGCAAGCGGCGUAGCAGCUGCGGCGCCAAGCAGCCGGCGUGGAAGCGGCGGCGCCGGGCGGCCUCGGAGUGCGGCCCGGUGCUGCCGUCCGAGUUCCUGCUCGGGGGGAACAUCUUCGACCCGCUCAACCUCAACAGCCUCCUGGACGAGGAGGUGAGCCGGGCCCUGAACGCGCGCACCCCGCAGAGCUCCCCGCUGCCCGCCCGCGGCCGCGACCCGGUGGAGAUCCUGGUGCCCCGGGACAUCACCGACCCGCUCAGCCUCAACGCGCCGGGCGACGGCCUCCGCUUGGCCUCCCCGGCCAAGUCCUCCCGACGGCGACACCGCCACCGCGGCCAGCAGCGAGCGAGCGCCGCCUCUGCUGCCUCCGCUGCCUCCGCUGCCUCCGCCUCCGGUCCCGCCGCGUCCGGCCCCGAUGAGGCCGCCUGCCCGCACGCCCUCCCCGCCGCCAGCACCCCCCCGUGCGCCGCCGCUGCCACCGCCGCCACCGCCGCCUGCCCCGGGCCCGGCCGGCAUCGCAAGCGCCGACGGACUUGCAGUAAAUCGGAAGGGACGCGGCCUCCACCGGAGAAGCCGAAACCGCCCGGGAAAACCCCUCCGCGGCGGCAGGCUCGGAAGUUCCAGUACGGGAAUUACUGCAAAUACUACGGGUACCGGAACCCCGACUGCGAGGACGGGCGGCUCCGCGCCAUGCGGCCCGAGUGGUUCGCGGGAAAGGAGGUGCUGGACGUGGGCUGCAACGUGGGGCACCUGACCCUGAGCAUCGCCAAGCGCUGGGGGCCCGCCCGGGUGGUGGGGCUGGACAUUGACGGGGGGUUGAUUCGCUCGGCCCGGCAGAACAUCCGGCACUACCUGUCGGAGGAGAUCCAGGCCGAGGCGGGCGGGGGGGAGGCGGCAGCAGGAGGAGGAGGGAGGAAGGGGUUUCCUGCGGCUCUGCUCGCCAGUCGCGGCCCCAUCGCUGCCCCCCGCCUGCCCCCCGACGGGCCCGGGGCCGCCGACUUCCCGCACAACGUCGUGUUCGUGACGGGUAACUACGUCCCCGAGCGCGAGGAGGCCGUGGCCGCGCAGCGCCCGGAGUUCGACGUCGUUCUCUGCCUGUCCCUCACCAAGUGGGUGCAGCUGAACUGGGGCGACGAAGGCCUCAAGCGCCUCUUCCGCAGGGUCUACCGGCACCUGCGCCCCGGUGGGCUCCUGCUGCUGGAGCCACAGCCAUGGGCCUCCUACCGCAAGCGCAAGGGGCUCACCGAGACCACGUACCGGAACUACCAGCGGAUCCGGCUGCGCCCGGAGCAGUUCCCGUCCUACCUGACCUCCCCCGAGGUGGGGUUCGACAGCUACGAGCUGCUGGGGACCCCCCAGCAUGCGGCCAAAGGCUUCCAGCGGCCCAUUUAUCUCUUCCACAAGGGCCAAGGCAACGCCCACUGAGCCCCCCCACGACCCACAACUGUGGGGGGACCCUGCUGCCACCAAUGGGGGGGGUUCGCUCCUUCCCCCCCCACCCACAGAAGAAGAUGCCAAAUGGGGGAAUCCACCCCCCCUCGACUUUGGG